AUGACAGACACAAUAGAUUUAAUAAACUUACCAACUAAUGUAAAAGAUUAUAUUGAAUCACUUCAAAAACAGUUACACAGUAUAACAAGUGUUGCCGAAUUUGCUGAAUCAACAAAAAUAGCCGAAAUUGCUGAUAUACGACAAAAAUAUCAACAAGAAUUAGCGUCGAUAAAUACUUUGACGCAAGAAACCGUUCGAGAUGCUGUUAAUGAUGCUAGAAUAAAAUUUGAAACAGAAUACAAUUCUCUUCGACGAAAAUAUGAAGCAUUGCAACAAGAAACAUUAGAUUUAAAAUUAAAAGUUGUUGAUGAUAGAGACAGUGUGUUAGCUGAUAUAUCACGAUCAUUACGUAAUAAGUUAUUACGUGAUACUGUGGAUAAUCAACAACCAACUUGGGUACAAGAAAAUGCGUCACUUGAAGAAGAUAUGCGAAAAGCACAGGAAAGUACAUCCAUGCUCAAAUCUGUUAUUUUACCAAUGGAAGCCGAAAUCAAUCAACUUAAAUCACAAUUGAAAGAGACAAAAGAAAAAUUAAAUGAACUUGAAACGCUUCCAAGAGAAAUAAAUAUCUCUUUUACAUCGAAUGAAAAUGAAGAUCCGUUAUUGGUAUGUAAAUUUGAUCUAAACUUAGAUUAA